CCAUCCUGCCUGCAGAACUCUAUCAUCCCCGUGCGGUUGGUGCCUCGGCGUUCCAGCCAGGUGGAAGAUAAGACCCACCCCUUCCUUCCCUGUACCCCACCCCCCAACCUACUCCCACCGGAACAAAGAUGGCCACGGGGAGUGUCGCUCGUCUGUCCUUGCCAAUCCUGCUGCCUGUUACACUUCUGCUGCUAUCACUGCUGCUCACUGGCUCCCAGGCCUUAUCACCGCCACGAUUCACGAAAGUCCCUGUUGACCAGAUAGGUGUCUCCGGGGGUGUCGUGUCCUUUGUUUGCCAGGCGACGGGGGACCCCAAGCCAAGGGUUAGCUGGAAUAAAAAAGGCAAAAAGGUCAACUCCCAGCGUAUAGAGACCAUUGAAUUCGACGAGGGCGCCGGCGCUGUGCUCCGAAUCCAGCCUCUGCGUCAACCGCGUGACGAGAACAUCUAUGAAUGUGUGGGUGAGAACAGCGAGGGCGAGAUCACAGUCAACGCCAACCUGUCCAUCAUCCGAGACGACCUUCUCCCUCCUGGCUUCCCGAAAAUUGACAUGGGCCCUCAGUUGAAAGUAGUGGAGCGAACCCGGACUGCAACAAUGCUUUGUGCCGCCAGUGGCAACCCCGACCCAGAAAUCACUUGGUAUAAAGACUUCCUGCCCAUUGACCCCAGUGCUAGUAAUGGGCGAAUCAAACAGCUCCGUUCAGGUGCCUUGCAGAUUGAGAACAGCGAGGAGACGGACCAGGGGAAGUACGAGUGCGUGGCGUCUAACGUGGAAGGCGUGCGCUACUCGUCCUCUGCUAACCUUUAUGUGCGAGUCCGGCGGGUUCCUCCUCGCUUCUCCAUUCCACCGACGAGUCAGGAAAUCAUGCCAGGUGGUAGUGUGAACAUAACGUGCGUGGCAGUGGGAUCCCCCAUGCCUUACGUCAAGUGGAUGUUGAAUUCGGACGACCUGACGCCAGAGGACGAGAUGCCUGUGGGUAGGAAUGUCCUUGAGCUGAGCAGCGUCCGUGAGUCGGCCAACUACACCUGUGUGGCCAUGAGCAGUCUUGGCAUUAUUGAGGCUGUUGCGCAGAUCACCGUCAAAUCUCUUCCAAAGCCUCCAGGUACUCCAGUGGUAACUGAAACCACAGCCACUAGUGUGACUAUCACCUGGGACUCCGGCAACCCUGACCCAGUCACCUACUAUAUCAUCCAAUACCGUGCAAAAUCCCCUGACAGCAAGUACGAGACAGUGGACGACAUCACCACCACACGUUACAGCAUCGGCGGCCUCUACCCCAACACGGAGUAUGAAAUCCGAGUCUCGGCCGUCAACACGAUUGGCCAGGGUCCUCCCAGUGAGCCAGUGGAGACCAGAACCGGUGAACAAGCCCCUGCUAGUCCACCCCGAAACAUCCAUGUCCAGAUUAUAUCCCAAAACACCAUGCUGGUAACGUGGGCGGAACCAGAGGAACCAAACGGGCAGAUUAAGGGCUAUAGGGUUUAUUACACCAUGGAUGACUCCCAGCCUAUGAGCCUCUGGCAGAUCCAUAAUGUCCAGGACAGCAUCAUCACGACCAUAAAGAGCCUUGUUCCUCAAGAGACGUACACCAUCAAAGUCCUAGCUUUUACGUCAGUAGGCGAUGGACCCUUCUCAGAGCCAGUCCAUGUUAAAGUGCUGCAAGGAGUUCCUGGUCAGCCAUCCAAAUUUCAGGUGGGCGACGUGUCUGAUACCAGCAUCCAACUAACUUGGGAACCUGCCUUUGAUAAAGAAGGAAUUAUCAAAUAUGAACUUCGCUACACUGAAGGCAGUUUUGGCUCUCAGAUGAAUAAAACAUUUGGGCCUGCAUCUUCAUACAUUGUGGAAGGCCUCCGCCCAAACACCGAGUAUCACUUCUCCCUGGCAGCCAUCUCUAACAAAGGCACCGGAGCUUUCACCAAUGACGUAUCGCAGAAGACCUUGCAAGCCAAUCCUUCAGCCCCCCCUCAAGACAUUAAGUGCAGCAGCACCAGCUCCACCUCCUUGCUGGUAAGUUGGCGCCCCCCGCCACUGAGGAGCCAGAAUGGUGUCCUGGCGGGGUAUAGGGUGCGCUACCAGGUGGUGGGACAGGCGGAGGGUGGCGGUGACGAUGUGGAGCCAAUGGAGGAGCCCACCGUGCCUGCCUCCGAAGAGCAGGUGCUGCUGCAGCGAUUGGAGAAGUGGACCCAGUAUCGCAUCACCGUGUCUGCCUUCACGGUUGUUGGGCCGGGCCCUGAAAGCGAGCCCUUUAACUGCCGGACGGAUGAAGACGUUCCUGGCGCCCCUCCGAGGCGUGUGGAGGUGGAGGUCUUAAACUCCACCGCACUCAAGGUGAUGUGGCGUUCGCUCAUGCCUGGGAGGCAGCACGGCCAGAUCCGUGGCUACCAGGUCCACUACGUCCGCGUGGAGAACGGGGAGUCCAGGGGCCUGCCCCUCAUUAAGGACGUCAUGCUGGCCGACGCCCAGUGGGAAACGGACGAUAUCGCUGAAUAUGAAAUGGUUAUUGGAGGAUUGAAGCCGGACACCACCUACUCCAUCACGGUGGCGGCAUACACCACCAAGGGCGAUGGAGCACGGAGCAAACCCAAACUGGUUGUGACCAAAGGUGCAGUGCCUGCUCCGCCCAUUUUGUCAGUGACUCAGGAGUCGGAAACAUCUGCUCUGGUUCGCUGGGACCCCCCCGAUCUAAAAAACGGCAUGGACCUUCAGGGUUACAGGCUCCAGUUUGGUCGGAAAGACGUCUCACCUUUGGCCACGCUAGAGUUUACCCCCCAGGAACGACAGUACUCUGUGGGCAACAUUCACCGCGGGGCCACCUACCAGUUCAAACUGUCCGCCAAAAGCAGGGGGGGCUUUGGGGAGGAAGCUGGUGUGGAACUCCGAGUGCCCGAGAAUAUACCAGGUGGUUACCCUCAAAUGGACGAAGGCUCCAACGUGACAUGUUGCUCCGUGCAGCUGUCCUGGUCACCGCCGGUGCUGGCCGAGAGGAACGGCGUAAUCACCGAGUACACUUUGGCCUUCAAGGAAACUGGCAGUAGAGAAGCACAGCAGGAGCUCCGAGUACCCCCCAACCUGUCCAGCUUCGUCCUCAACAGCCUCAAACCAAACUCUGCUUACGAUGUGAAAAUGCGCGCGCACACCAUUGUAGGUCCCGGGCCCUACAGCCCACCUAUCCAGUAUCGGACGGUGGCCAAUGAUCCAACAGAUGUGCCAAAGAAUUUUACCAUCAAGUGGGCGACCAAGACCACCGUGGUCCUUGCCUGGAAGUUUUCUGACAGCAGGUCCCCAUACAAAUGCACGAUUGAAUACAACCGUCAGAAGAUGGAUGUCGAUGCCAGGCAGCUGAAGGCCUUCAUCACUGGACUAAGGCACAACACCACUUACGAGUUCAGGGUGACAUGCCAAGAAAGCAUGGACAGCGGGCCAAAACACCGUGUGGUAGCCAAGACGGCACCACUCAUCCUGGUCAGGAAGCCCAAGCUGGACAUCUACGCCGAGCCUGACGAUAUUCUCACCAUGUCGUUUCCACCCGUCGAUGGAAAGGAUGUCAAGAUUUUUUAUGUGGUUGUGGUGCCAUUGAGAAGGACCUUAGGGACUGUCAAGAAUCUAAAGACUCCUGACGAGAUGGACAUUGAAGAGCUGUUGCGGGAGGUGACCCCAAAGCGCCGGUCACGCCGUCAGCUGGCUCAGCUGGACCAGAGGAAGCCUUACAUCACAGCCUGCUUCCGGCAGCUUCCUUCCAGCUUCACCGUGGGCUCUGACCAUCGCCAGAGCAGCUGUGAGAAUAAAGCUCUCGAACCUGGCCAGGAGUACGUCUUCUUCCUCAUGGCUGAACUGAAUACGACUGCCGGGAAAAUGUUUGCGACCAGCCCUUACACUGACACGGUGAUGAGUCCCGUGCUGGUGGACCCUCAGCCAGUGGAGACCGGCGGGGAUGGGCUCAUUUGGGUGGUCGGUCCAGUCUUGGCCGUGGUCUUCAUCAUCUGCAUUGUCAUUGCAAUCCUCCUGUACAAAAACAAACCUGACAGCCGCAAGAGAAAGGAGUCAGAACCCCGCACAAAGUGCCUGCUGAACAACGCCGACAUCACCCCCCACCACCCCACUGACCCUGUGGAAAUGAGACGCAUCAACUUCCAAACGCCAGGUAUGAUGAAUCACCCUCCUAUCCCCAUCUCCGAGCUGGCGGAGCACACGGAGCUUCUGAAGGCCAACGACAACCUCAAGCUUUCCCAGGAAUACGAGUCCAUCGAUCCAGGCCAGCAGUUCACCUGGGAGCAUUCCAACCUGGAGGUGAACAAGCCGAAAAAUCGUUACGCCAAUGUCAUUGCGUACGACCACUCCCGCGUCAUCCUGGCUCCCAUAGAGGGUAAGACAGUCAUUUUAGAUUUUUCUAUUGUUUCUGUCUGA